AUGGAGCCGCAGAAGGAGGAGCAGGCGGUGCGGGCCCAUCCACUAGCCCGCUGGAUUGCGGGGCUUUUUGCUCCCAUGUCACUUCGGGACCAGAGAAUGGUGGCAAAACAGGUGACAAGAAUUUUUUCUGCCUGUUUCUUCCUCUUUCUGAUUGCCGGAUAUUUGCGGGGGCAAGUCGGCCUGCUUUUCUACGGCGUGGGCGUGGGGUGCGUCGCGUCGCUCGUUUUGUUUGUCCCCAACUGGUACCAGCACGAGGACGCGGACCAGCGGUGGUGCGAUGCGGCGGAGGUUAAAGAAUACUACAGAGCCCGUCAGCAGCUGCUGGACGAACUUGCGGAGGCUGAAGCGGAAGAGGAACUGCAGGCGCACACGGGGGAGGAGAAGAAGAAGGACGGCGACGACGCGGAAAUGAGGGGAGCUGAAAAGGGCGUUGCGGGGCAAGCUGGGCAACACAAGUAG